AGAAAAAAAAGAAGAAAAAAUCAACAUCAACCAAACGGGGCUUUAACUUAAUAUCAGCAAAGUAGAAGAAACAGCAGAACCGCGAGAAUGCGGGAAAUUACAGCUCUAGCACUAGCAGUCGGAAUUGACCCCAUCUAUUCUCGCCUGAAGCCAUCAAUUUACUUAAUCUCGACCGUCCAUCAAUGCCGCCGGCAUUUUCGUCCGGCGGUCAUCCAAGCUGGGCGCAGAUAUCCAAACUUGGAUGAUUACUACCAGAAAAACGCCCGCAAGUUCUGGGAUAACUUUUACAAGCGCCAUAAAAACACGUUCUUUAAGGAUAGGCAUUACUUGGAGAAGGACUGGGGGCAAUACUUAUCUGAUGAUGCUCAUUCCCCAAAUGGCAAAGUUGUUUUAGAGGUUGGUUGUGGAGCUGGCAAUACCAUCUUUCCACUUGUGGCAGCAUAUCCCAAAAUUUAUGUGCAUGCUUGUGAUAUCUCACCUCAUGCGGUCGCGCUUGUUAAGUCACAUGUGAAGUUUAAAGAAGAUCGGGUAAAUGCAUUUGUCUAUGAUGUUACAGUUGACAAUCUACUUGAAAGGAUUAAUCCUUCUUCGGUUGAUGUCAUUACCUUGAUUUUUAUGCUGUCUGCAGUUUCUCCAUAUAAAAUGGCCUUGAUAUUGCAGAACAUUAGAAGAGUACUAAAGCCAGAUGGAUAUGUUCUCUUGCGAGAUUAUGCUGUUGGAGAUUUUGCUCAAGUGAAGCUAGAAAACAAGAAUCAGAUGAUAAGCGAGGGCUUUUAUGUACGAGGUGAUGGAACUUGUUCAUUUUACUUCUCUGAAGAUUUCUUGUCAACCUUAUUUUUGCAAGCUGGCUUCAACACUGUAGAUAUGAGUACAUACAACAAGCAAAUCAAGAAUCAUCACAGGAAUAUAAAUAUGGAUCGGCAUUGGAUACGAGCUGUUUUUAACAACUCGGGUUGAUAUAUUGUCCAGAUUUAGCUCAAAUUCUGCAACCCAGAUGACAGUCUUAUAAUUCAUAUGUGGAAUGCUCAGUAAUUAGCCAGGUAUGAGUGUUUUGUGUCGGGUACGUAUUCCCAACAUCUGUUCACUACAAAUGUAUGAUAACUGAAUCUUGACCCUCCAUGAUGUGAGGAUCUACGUGGGACCUAUAUGAGAACUGCAUUGACCCCAUAUUCAUGGAUGGAAAAGAUGUAAAUAUAUCCAAUCAAUUGUGAUGCGUUUUUCCCUUGUUGCUGUUGUCUGUUGAUAUUCAACUCUGCAUUCAA